AGUUAACACGAACUUGUUUAUCAUCUUAAUAAACUAAUUGUUAUCUGAACCUAUUUUUGUUUCAUAAAGAUGAUCAGGAGAAUAGGAAUAUGUUUUCUAAUUCUACUGGCAGUCAGUAGUAAAACAUCAAGUGUUAAAGUAUCUACCACUGGCUAUCAUAUAGUACACAACGAACACAAUGGUAACGGUUUUCAUGGUUAUAAAUAUCCUGCGUCAGCACCACCUCUAGCAUUGCCGUUAACAGGAAAUGAUGUGCCUCUAAGUUUUGGGCCGACUUCUCCAGCACCAGCAAAUCCCUUCGCGUCAGGCGGUAAUCCGUUAUAUGGACCACGUUAUCCACAACCCGGUCGAGCAUCAUGUGCCCAACCUCCAGCAGUUUGUGAAAAAUCGACAUAUCGUACCCUCGACGGCUCGUGCAAUCAUUUAGAGCAACCACAAUUGGGCAUGGCUAAUCAACGUUAUGGACGUUUACUUUCACCAAAAUACGCAGAUGGUGUUUCAGCCCCAACUAGAUCGAUAACUGGACAAGAUUUACCUAAUGCUCGUUUAGUGUCACUGGUGGUAUUUGGCGAGAUGGACGUACCUGAUCCAGAUUUUACUCUAGUCAAUAUGCAAUGGGGUCAGAUAAUAACACACGACAUGUCUAUGCAAGCUGGUGGCACACAAUCGAAAAAACAUCCCACACGUUGUUGUACUGACGAUGGCCGUCUUGUUGGAAGCGAGCAGGCAGAUAAGACAUGUUUUGCUAUUUUAGUGCCUCCACAUGAUCCAGCCUUUUCGCAAGUUGGCACUGAAUGUUUAAAUUUUGUACGCACUCUAACAGAUUUGGAUGCCAAUUGUCCCGACAAUCAUGGAGGGCCAGCUGAACAACUUACAGUUGUUACGGCCUACAUGGAUUUAUCAUUGGUUUAUGGCAAUUCUAUACAACAAAACAGUGAAAUAAGAGCUUUCCAAGGUGGACGGAUGAUAGUUGAAGAACGAAAUGGUGCUGAAUGGCUGCCAUCAUCACAGAAUGUCACAGGCGAUUGUGAUGCUACUGAAAUCAACGAAGUUUGUUAUAGAGCUGGCGAUAUUCGUGUCAAUCAAAAUCCUGGUCUAACGAUUUUACAGACCAUUCUUCUUCGAGAACAUAACCGUAUUGCUGACACUUUAGCCAAACUCAAUCCCCAUUACGAUGAUCGUACUUUGUUCCAAGAGGCUCGUAAAAUCAACAUCGGCCAGUAUCAGCAUAUUAGUUAUUACGAAUGGUUACCCAUAUUCUUGGGAGCCGAAAAUAUGUUCAAGAAUCGUUUAAUUUAUAAAGUACCAGAAAAUACUCAUAUCAACGAUUUUGAUUCCAGUAUUGAUCCAUCAGUUUUGAACUCACAUGCAACAGCUGCCUUUAGAUAUUUCCAUUCACAAAUUGAAGGAAGAUUAGAUUUAUUAUCAGAACUUCGAUCUGUUUUGGGCUCUUUACGUUUAAGUGACUGGUUUAAUCGACCUGGUAUCAUAGAAGUUGGCGACAACUUUGAUUCACUAACACGCGGUCAUGCCACUCAGCCAGAGGAAUUAACAGACAUUAACUUUGAUCGAGAGAUUAAGCACUUUUUAUUUAGACGCAACAUGCCAUUUGGCAGCGAUUUGAGAGCUAUAGAUAUUCAACGUAAUCGUGACCAUGGUCUCGCCUCCUAUAAUGAUUUUAGAGAGUUUUGCGGCUUGAGACGAGCUCACAGCUGGGAGGAGUUUGCCGACCUUAUUGAUCCACAAAUAAUUGAAAAACUAAAGAAUUUAUAUGAAAGUCAUGAAGAUGUUGAUGUUACGGUUGGUGGUUCACUUGAAUCUCAUGUUGCUGGAGCUUUAGCUGGACCAACUUUCCUGUGUAUAUUAACCGAACAAUUCUAUCGUACACGUGUGGGCGAUCGUUUCUUCUUUGAGAAUGGAGAUAAAUAUGCCGGUUUUACUCCAGAUCAAUUAGCUGAAAUACGAAAAGCAAGUAUGGCUCGUCUAUUGUGUGACAAUGGUAACAAUAUCGCAUCCAUGCAGCCACAAGCCUUCUUAUCUAUUUCAAAAUCCAAUCCUGUUGUGCCAUGCUCUAAUAUACCACAAGUAGAUUUAACGAAAUGGAUUGAUCAGAAACCAUAUUUGGCAGCCGCCCCCACACCUCUGCAUGGUUAUGGAAAAUAAUAAAAUACAUACAUGUACAUACCUAGUUGUAAAUCAAUUGUAUUAAGGUGUGCUCACAUAUUUGCGAUUUGUAUACAUUUUCCUGAAUCUUUUGCUGAAGACAUUUCAAACUUCGAAGGCCACUUUAUGUAUGAUAUUUUUUUAUUUAAUUUUUCUGUUUAAUUUUUUUAUUUUAUUCUAAAUAUAAAAUUAUAAACUUUCAAAUGUAUUGUUUUUAUAUUGUAUAUUUAGCGUUAACAACUUACUACCACACCAUGUAUCAGCAUUAUUAUUAUUUGUUUUUAUUUGUUUUAGUUUCAAUUGUAAAUAUUAAUUUUAAUAAGAAUUACAUCAAUAUAUAAAUUUAUAAUGUACAAAAUAAAUUAUUAAAAUGCGUUGUUUUAAUUUUAAUUGUAAAUGUUUAAGUAUGUUUUCAGAUUUUAUGCUUCAUUCUUCUCCAAGUAAACGUUUUUUAAUUAAAUACCUCAAAGUACAAUCGAACAGAAAAUGGACAUUUUAGUCCACAUAGAAAAUUAAAUGUUUUAGAUCUCUUAAUAAAUUACUUAAUAAGUAAAGGUGGGAAAAGGGUAAAACCUAAUUGACAAUUAAAUAAUAGGCUUUGUUAAUUUUCAUAAAAAUGAUUAGAUUAGUCCAAGGUUUGGGACUUUAGGAUACAAUAUUUUCCACUUAAAAUAAUAUUUACAUAUACAUACCCCAAAAAAGGUAAUAAAAAUGUAUUUACUCUGUUUCUAGCCACAAUUUUCCGAACUACCAGAUAGAAUCCCAUUUAUAUUAAAAAGAUAUCAUACGAAUAAUAGAAUAAUCUAUGUAUGUACAUAUAUUUAAAUAAGAGUC